AUGCCGCCUAAAUCGAAAUGGCGCUCCAGCGAAGCGCAGCACUUCACCCUCGUUCAUCGUUCCCAACGCGACCCCCUGAUCAAUGAUCCUGAAGCCUCCUCCCGCGUUCUCGCUCCCUCACGCAAGACUCGCAACGCUCGCGGUCAGCCAAUCAGCAAGGCUGACCUGGAUGAUGAAUUCGGCAAGAAGGAGCGUUCCAAUGUCGGUGAGGCAGCAGAGUAUGGCGUCUACUUUGACGACACGGAGUACGACUAUAUGCAGCAUUUGAGGCCUAUCGGCGGCAACUACAAUGCUCAAAGGGGUGGCAAGGAUGAAGAGGAUGACGUGGACGUGGUUAUGCUUCCUGGGCCACAAGGUCAGGCUAAGGGGAAGGGAAAAGCCAAGACUGGUGGCGAGCUCGAAUUCAAGGAUGAGAAGGCUGGAAUUGACCUGCCGCAGGAUGUGCUGGCUAGUGAGAAGGAGAUGCCCCGCGAUUGGACGCAGGGCGAAGGAGAGGAGCACAAGGGCUUGAGGCUGGAUAUGGACCCGCAUUUGAGGCAAGCACUCGAAGCCUUGGAUGAUGAAGCUUUCUUGGCCGGCAGGAGACGACGACAGCAGCAGGCACAGCAGGCCAAGGAGGCAGCGGAGGCCAGCGCUGAGGACGACGACGAUUUCGAUGCACUCUUCGCAGAAGUCGUCGCAGGAGGCGAAUACGAUCCGGACCACAUGGACUCGGAUGAGGAGGCCUGGCGCGCCCAAGCCCCGGGCGGAGACGAGGCUCUCUACCUCACUCCGGGGGAGAGGGCGAGGCAGAAGCUUCAAGCCACUACAGCCGCGGAUGGUGAGGCAGCAACUAGCGCAGGGGCAGGGAGAAUAGACCUCGAUGACCCCAACCUCAGCUUGAGCGAACGUGUCGCUCUCUUCAAGGAAGGGCUUGGCGCUCCUGCUCCAAAAGGCGCUCAAGAAGACGAGGAUGAUGAGGAUGCCGCUCGCCCUUCAGCCUCGAAAGCCGGAUCUCGCUCUCGUCGCGUCCCCUCCUCGAUAGGCGGCUCCUCCAUCUUCGGCGAUGGCAACCCCGGCCGCAAGUCCAAGCCAGGCAGCAAAGCUCGCCACGCUAUGUCCUUCUACGCGCCCAGUGCAGCUGGCGGAUCCACGGCUUGGAGUAUGAGCUCGAGCGCUAUGGCUCGCAAUGCCGGCUUGACCAAUCUGGAUGAUGGGUUUGAUAGAAUGGAGCAGAUCUAUGAGCAAGACGGUGAGGAGGACGAUGACGAGAUGUACGACUUCGAUGAUGAGGAUGAGGACGGGGAUGGGCCAGACCCAAACGCUUUGGUUCGCGAGGACUUUGGUCAGAUCCUCGAUGAGUUCCUCGAGAAGCACGAGGUCAUCGCCGGUCGGAUGCGCCAGCGCCUCGGUGAUCGAGAUGCUUCGGGGGCAGAAAAGCUGGACAUCCUGCGCAAAGAAGUCGGCGCGGCGAGGAUCGAGCGCUACUUGGCUGGAGAUGAGGAGACGCAAGAGGAGAUUGACAGGGAUAUCGAGAGUAGGAUCAGGGUGGUCGGACUGAGGAAGGACGAGUGGGAUGUGGAGACUAUUCAGACUACGAAGACGAACGUGAGCAAUCAUCCUCGCGUGUUGUCGUCGGUCGCGUCGAGUGCUCGGUCAGGGUAUCAGCCAGGGACGCUCGCCAGCAACGGUUCGGUAGGGUCGCUCGCCUCUGCUGGCGGAUCGUCGGCGCACUUUGAGAGUAUUCCAAAGGUCAAGGUCAACCCGAGGACAGGCGUUGCUGAGGUCGUCGGGUGGACGAAGCAAAGGAGACCGCCGCCGAAAGAUGCCGACGUCAACGGCGCAGAGGAUGACCUGCCAUCCCUCGACUCCCUCUCCAUCGACGGUCGCGGCGCACAUGUCAACGGUGUCGAAGAUGACGACGACGGCUCAGGGCCCCCUCCGGCCGGCCCCGCAGAGGACGACAGCGGCAGCGACACCUCGACGGAACUCGACCCGCGCCAUGUCACUAUCAAGCGGGACCGCAACGAGUCUGCUGAAGAGAAGCGUCGACGCAAGACCGAGGCUAAGGAGGCGAAGCAAUCUCGCAAGCUAGAGAAGAGCGCGAGGAAGAAAGAGUUCGAGAACGAGAAGAAACGCCAGACCAAGAUCGAGGCGGGACGCAGGGCGGCUGGGGCUACAGCCAUGGAAUUGAGGGUUGGCGGAGGAGCCGGGCGAAGGCUGCAGUAGACGUGUAGGAACGUGGCAUGAUAUCGCACUGUCGCAUUGCGUUCGCAUGAAGUUUGUCAGUCGAAGACCACCUUUUUUCCGGCACCACCACCACCUCCGGCGAGAGAGCGGGCGAUUGCCUCUUCCUUCUCUUUCUGCUUCUGCUUCGCCACCCAGCUUGGAUGCAUUUCGGCAUCAUUGCUCUUCGCCGCUGCUGGAGGAGCGAAGCGCUGCUGCUGCUGAGGAGGGCGUCGAGCGUACGGAGGUGCGCGCUGCGAGCGAUCCUGACUGCGACGUGACGGUCCUCCCUUGACGUCUUCUCGGCCAGCAGGCGCUGCGGCCUUCGGUGGUGGCUUCGCACUCUCGUCUGCAGCAGCAACAGGGAAGCGCUUCCAUCCG